AUAAGCUUAAAGACGCCAAUUUUGACUAGUAUUUGAAAGAUACUGACAUGAAUAUGUAACUGUUUUUAUCAAUAAAUGAUAGUUUAAGCUGAUAUUUGUAGUUUUGAUUCGGUUUUAGGUACGAUAUGUGUCGGAAAAGCCGAUUUUGACUGGAAUCUAAAGUGAGGAAGAAAAACUUACUCUCAAUCCAAGAAAGUGGGUUUUUAAGUAGUCAUCUGCAGUUUUGAUAUAGAUUUCAGUCCGGUUGAUAGGAUGAUUCCUUUCUGGAGUUGCGUAGAAAGGGCAGUCCGACGGCUUCCAGAUUCUGUGCCAGCUUCGUUGAGAUUUCCCCCGUCGCUGGGAAUAGUCUCGUAGUCUUGAUCGUCUCUGCGCCCAGGUCUGCUUCAUGUUCUCAGCGAGCGGUCAACGUAGGCCCAGGCCUGCCUGCCGACGCGACCUAGUUCGAGAGUGACUGUCCCUCGCAUGCGUCGGUGCGCCAUAUUCCCGAGUUCGAAAACAUGUCGGCCCCUCAAACGUCCACCGAUAUUUCGGACGACAUCGUCGCUUCGCUGCUGAAACUUUCGUUUCGCCGGAGAACGGUAAAGGAGCAACAGGCGUUGCUGCAGAUGAAUCGGCCGACGCCUAGAUUACCGAUACAACAAUACGACAAGGACAAGAUGCGGAGCUUCAAUUCGAUAACGUAUGAUAACCACGAUUGGUUAUGCGGCAGCGUCGUGAAAAACACCCUGUACUGCUGGCCGUGCCUGUUGGUGUCGAAGAAAAAAUCGCUGUGGAACUCCGAGGGUUUCAUGGACUUGAAGAACGUGCGGGCCGCUUUGAGGAAGCACAACUGGAACAAGGAGCACCUUAACAGUUACCUGCUUUACAAGGAGAUGAGGCGGAAGUCGUUCGGUGCUGAUAACCUUAACAAGCUGCAGAUGUUGUCGCGCAACAUUUUCAACCGCGAGGUGAAGAACAACUUGAAGAUAUUCAGAACCGCGGUCGAGGCCAUUUGCCUGCUCUCGAAACAUGACUACAGAGACAAGAUUCUGAACGGCGACACCCUAGCCGAGUUCGUGAAGCUCGCCCUCAAACCUAACCUCGAGCUGGAGGAACACUGGCAGAGGAAGGGGUACUUCGAGUCCGCUUUUGACGACAUCAUCGAAGCGACGCUCAACAAUAUCGAGCUGAAGAUAAUCAAGCACAUCAGGCGUGAGGUUUGCGAAGCUAGCUUCUACGUGUGCUUCGUGGACGACGUCAGUUUCGCGGCGUCUUCCCCGAGGUGCUCGAUAUCGCUGAGGUACAUCGACGACCACGGGGAAGUCCGCGAGCGCCUGCUGGGGUUUUUCCCUCUAGAUGAGAGCAGGACCGGCGAGGCGCUGUGCGAACUGAUUCUCAACGUCCUCGAAAAGUUCGACGCCGGCACCAAGCUGCUCGCUUACACUUGCGACGGCGCUUGCGUGUCCACGGAAGAACUCAGGAACCUGCAGACGUUGAUGAAGGAGAAGAUAGACUCGGCUUUGUUCACUCAUUGCUUGUCGCGCCCCCUGCCGUUGAUCAUACAACAGAGUUGCUCGCACGACCUUUCGAUACGCAAAUUCUUCGCCGCCGUCAAGGAGAUCGAACAGUUCUUCAAAGCGCCGUUAAGGCGCGACCUCCUCAAUAGGGUCACCGACGAGGCCGACGUCUUGGAUUGCUACAGCAAACUGGUGCCGUUUAUAUUGAAUGAAAAGUCCAAGCUCACUGAAAUGUUCGACCAGAUCGUCAACUGCUACGAGUCCGACACCGACACCGUAUGGAAGGCCGGAAACUUCAAAAACGCCCUCUGCGACUCCAAUUUCGAGUUCUACUUGAAAGUCUUCGACGAUAUUUUCCAACGGGUGGAAGCCGUGAGCAACGCGCUUCGCCAGAAGACCAACAGCCACGCCUUCUGCAUCGAGGAGAUCACCAAGUGCCUCGGGCACCUGGAGCGUUGCAGGGACGAAGUUUCCAAGUCCUGCGACCUGAUAGAAAUCAAAGAGGAAAUAAUACAAGAAGGAUCCGAAGUGAAGAUGGAGAUAACCGAGGCGACACUCUCCACGGACGGUUCAGCGAGUCGGGAUCAACACCGCAAGCUGCUCGACAUCGUCAUCAACCAACUGCGGGAUAGAUUUUCCGCUUACAUCAAAUACUCCUUCCACAACUUGGCGGAUAUAAUGAAAUACGUGGACAUUAACGAGGAUUACGUCCAAUUGGUGAAAGCGUUUCCCCGCCAUUUCUCCAAGAAGGGUUUGAAGAACGAUAUGGACACCAUCAGCAACCCAAUGCACUCGCAGUUCCACGGCAAAAAGGUGUCAGAGGUGGUUAAGCUGAUGGCCGAUAGCGAAAGCACUACCCUUCUACCCAAGUGCUACAACCUUUACUCCCUCUUGACUAUUUUGCCUUCGGCGAAUGUGUUCGACGGCCCCAGGUUUACUUUCUUCGGAAGGUUGAGGUCAUAUUUGGAGAACGCCAAUUUGUCGAAUGUUUUCUCACCACGUGCCUGGCUUUCCAUAGAGAGGGGUAUCCUGGAGAAGUUCCAGACACAGCGAAACUGGUACGACAACCUAAUCGACGUCAUAGCCAAAGAUGAAAACAUCACCAUCCCGCUGACUUACGUGUGAAAUGUUAUC